CUAUUCACCACUUUGUUGACGUUACAAUUGCCAAUUGCUACUUGUGCGGGCGUAUUAUAUUUUCAAUAAAUAUAACUUUUAACUCACAAUUAAAUAUUAAAAUACAAUAAAAAAAUAGUGGAAUUUUAAUAUGGCGCUUCAAAUGAAAGCAGAGGCGCAAUAUGGCGACAAUAUCAUAAAAAUACUGAAAGAUAACAACGGCGGUGACUCCGAAGUCACCAAGAGCACAAUUACUAAAAUCUUGUCGCAAAUUAAACGCUUCCAGGAGAGCAUACGUAAAAAUAUCGAAGACAACUAUGUUGACUUCAUGCCCAAUCAAACAACAGUCGACGCGUUUCUCGAUGAAGGUGAGCAAUUAGUGCGCGAGUCUGAAUAUUUGUUACAGACAGUCAGCGGAGAGGCAAGCGAAGCACUACGUCAAGCCAAUUCCGAGUUGGCUGCCUGUAUUGACGAAUUCCGUGAAAUGUCGUUAGGUUUACGCGUUUCCUAUCGUAUACUCAAGGUAGAUGAACUGUUUCAAUGCAUAAAAGAUCAGCAAGAGUAUUUGGUUGUACUCGAUCUGCUAGGAAAGUUAAAAAGUUUGAUAUCCUGUGAUAGUGGCAGUGAUGUGGAUCGUGUUUUCCAAAAAUGCAAUUGCUACAAUACGAUAAAAGUGAAAUAUCAAAUACAAGCAAAUAUUUUACAACAAGAUCUGCAAAAACGAUUCGAGGAACUUGUGGAAUUCAAUGAAAAACCCUUCUCACAUUCAAAAUGUGUUACACUACGAGUAUCCAAAGACGUAAAUCAGCUGCAAGAUACAGUAAUGGCGCUAUUUCAGGCACGUUAUAAUCCAAUAAAAAUGUGCGAUUUUUUAUUGGAAAACUGUUUUGAACCAAUUAUAUUGAAACCCGUUUCAUUGGAAUAUAGUGAGGAGAACCCUAAUCACGUACAACUAACACUCUCCUAUUCACUCAAAGAAAUGAGCAAAAGUUUACGACCUUCUUACACUAAAGUAUUCGAAAAUAUCAAGUUUGUUUUGGAUUGUUUGGCCAACAUAAACGUUUCAGUAUCCAGUGAUCAACAAGUAUUCUCCAUUAUUGGCGAUCACAUAAAGCAACGCUUAUUGAAUUUACUUGUAGAUGAAUGCCUAAUGCAUGCAAUACCUAAAAAUAUGAGUGAAUAUGAAGAGUCAACACUCGUAGAGGACGUCAUACAGUUUGAACACUUUUUAGCCGAUGUGUUUUUAAUCAAUGCAGAAACUGAACGCACUUUAAGUGAUUUCGCUGAAAGAUUCGAAGCAUAUUUUCGUGAAGAAUUUAAUAAUAAACUAUUGGAAAGCGCAAUUGAUAUAAUGCGUAAAGACUUGCAAGAUAUGGCGUUGAUUGCUGAGAACAACUCUGCCGAGGAAGUAUCUAAGAAUCCAUUCCUUUUUCCCUGUUGCAUGGUAUCGAAGAGCACACUGGAACUUAUUAAAUUAAUGGAACGCAUACUGCGGCAGUCGAAUGAAACCAAGGAUGAGAGUCUAAUAAAUGUAAUCGGUGUUAUACUUAAUUCAUACUUGAGCGAAGUGCCUAUUAUACACGAAAAACUGAUGGAGAGCAUACCACAGCAGUCGGCUUUGUUCUACAAUAAUUGUCAAUUUCUGGCGCAUUGGGUUACUACAAACUCGGACAAAGACAUACCCACAUAUCCGGCGUUGGUGAAGACGCUGCACAUGACAGGCAGUAAAUAUCUGAAUGUGCAAAUCAACUAUCAGCAAAAAAUUAUAAUGGGCAUACUUAAAGAGUUUGAUAUCUCGAAUGCACACACAGUUGGCACAGCGCCGCUGAAAUUACUGCGCCAGUGCCUGCGUCAGUUGGAUUUGCUGAAAAAUGUUUGGCUGAACGUGCUGCCCGAUGCCAUGUACAAUAAGACAUUUUGUGAUAUUUUACACGAUUUUUGCAAUGAAAUCAUACGGCGCAUACUUGCUAUGGAAGACAUAUCCGCGACUGUGGCGAAUGAGUUGAGUGAAUUGAUCGCGGACAUUUUGGAAAAAGUGCCAACACUAUUUAAGUCUAAACAUGAUGUCAUACACAUUAAGUCGUGGAUGAAACUGAAACAAUUGAAAAUGAUACUCAACGCAUCGUUGCAAGAAAUCACCGAACAGUGGUGUGAAGGUGCUGGCAUAUUAACCGCCAAUUAUAAAGCGGAGGAAAUCAAACAUCUUAUACGUGCACUCUUCCAGAACACGGACCGACGCGCUAAGGCCUUAACUAAAAUCAUUUAAAUUUUACUAGCCGCACGAUACACAAAAACAAAAAUAUUAAGUCUUUUUUCUACAUUACAUUUGCUAGAAAAUAUUUGAAAUAAACUACACUAAGGUAAACUACAUACAUACAUAUAU